CAUCGAUUUACACGCACGCGCAUAUGGUACGUUCGUAGCACGCGACCCUCUCGGACGGCUGCACGGCGGCGCCAGAGAGGACUGCGACGUGACGACGGCUGGUCAUGCGAUCACACGGAUAAACACGGGUCAGUGGUUCAGUAUCGUCUGUUUUGUGCGUUUGUCUUAUUUUCGUCGCUUGUCGAUUUUCGGUAUUUAUUUUUUUUUUCCAUCGGUAUUGUUAUAAUUGCAACGGUCCCUGCAAAAUAUCACAACACUAUUGUCCGCAAUUCUUUUCAGUUAUAGUGGAACACACGUCUCCGUGGAGAUAUUAUUUCGCCAUGGGUUUGACGACGUAUUUACCGGCGGUCAACAUCGCCGUACACGUGAUCGGAUCCCUCGUGUUCGUCUAUUCCGUUUAUUUCAACUACGUGCAUGUCAACAUACCCUCUAGCGUGAACCCGAUCGACGAUGCGUUCGGCGGUAAAUUCAAAUACCUUACGUUCUUGAACGGGGUAAGUCGCUAUUUUCAUACGAUAAAUCGCCAUCUAAUUAUAAUAAUAUUAUUUUUAGAAAUCAAAAUAAAUAUCCUCUUUACCUGAUCGGGUUGAUUUUUGUAGUACAUUCGAUUUUUUAAUAGGUUAGGGGAAAGGAUUUAAAUCAAAAAAAAAAAACACCGUCCUAAAGUCACGAAAUGAUGAAAUACCUAGUGUUUAUAACUGUUGAAUGCAAAAUUUUUUAUUAUACUAUUGUGUUGUUAAAAACAAACGAACAUACUUCGUAUGGUGGGUCAUUGUUGUAGGUGAAAAGUUGGGAAGAUAGAAGGGAAAUUUGAAUGUACAUUUGAACACAACGAUUAAAUGUUGCUAACGAAUAACAAUUCUGAGCGGAAAACGAUUAUACAUGUUUUGAAAGGCCGUCAUUUUUACGAUUUGAAAAUUACACAUUUCGUAAAUUUUCCGGUUUUUUCUACGUUUUUUUCCAAUUAUUAUGAUAACCUUUGGGAAAAUUGAGGUCCCUAAAGUAUGACCUCCCGAACAUUACCCUUCAAAAGUACUACACUUGAAAAUCGGAACCAGAUUUCUGAUAGAAAAGUUGUUCACAGUUAAAAACAAAAAAAAAGCAAAAGCGGGUUUUUAAUUCUGUGCACACCGAGAAUUGUAUUUAAUAAUUUACACUUAAAAAAAUAUAUUUUUCUCAUUAUUAUAACUUAUACAUUUCAAUUAUAAUGGGAAUGUGUUGAGUGAAAUAUAUACUAAAUAUUGACAUAUUCCUAAUUAAAUUUUGUUUUAUCAAAAAAACAUUGUCAUCGAUAAGAUCACUGCGAUAAAUUAAAAUUGUUUAGUCUUAAAUGGUAAUUGGUUAAAUUAAAAAAAAAAAUCAAAACAAUAUUAUAAAUUGUCGUACAUACAAAACAACCAUAAUAUGAACUAGAGUUAUACUUUCGAUAUGUAUGUAUUGUAUACCGAUAUUAUAAAAAUAGAUAUGAUUUACAGAGAAAAAAAACUGACAUACUUCGCACGUGGGUGGGCCAAUGUUGUAGGUAAGAAAUUGAGAAGGUAGAGGAAAAUUUAAUGUUUAUCUGUACGAACGAUUAGUCGUUGCUAACGAAAUACGAUUCUGAGCAGAAUUCGGUUUAUGCAGUUGCUUUGUCAACAAUAUAUAUAUAUAUAUAUAUAUGUAUAUGUCACAUUAUGGUAAAAUAAUUACAUACGCAUUAUUUAUUUUCUUUAAUAAUAUUUGUUUAAUUUUGUAUUUUUUCUCCCGGUUUUCCCAUAUUUUUUCUCAUUUAUUGGGAAAAUCAAAAAAUAACCUUCGUUAAGUACCCCCUAGUCAGAUUUCUAUUCAGAAGAAGUGCUAUCAUUGUAAAUUAAUACAAAAUUGCUGGUAGAAAAGUUCUCCAUAGACAAAAAUAAAUAAAAUAAAAAUAAACAUCAUUGUAAAACAAAUACAUUUCACGUAUAAUUAUAGAUGUGAUUAUGUAUAAUAUUUUAACCGUGAUUUUAACAUAUAUUUGUUAAAAUUACAAGUGGAUAUACAAUUAUAUUAUCGACCUGCCUAUUUAUCUGCCUGUUUUAGAUUCUGAGCGUAGUGAGGAAAGUAUUGGUUUCUACCAUGUGUGUGUUUUUGUAAUCUUUUGUGUUUGUGAACAAUUUUUCUACCAGACAUUUUUCUCCAAUGUGCAGCGUAAUAGCACUUUUCCUGAAAGAAAAUUUUUUCUAGUCAGUACAUUGAUUUUUCUUAUAGUUUUUAAUAGUUGAGCAAAACCGAAAAAAAACCUAGAAAGAACGGGACAAUUUACAAAAAUUAUGAUUUUAUUAUUUUCAGUUUUGUUUUUUGUUGUAAUUCAGUUAAAAAUAUAACUUAAAGAAAACUUACAUUUAUUUUUUCUAGACGUGGUGCAAUUUUUAAAAAAAAAAAAUUUGAGCCAUUUCUGAGCUUUUUAUAAACAUUUUAAUUUUGAGAGUUUUUUUACGUAAUUUUUAUUUGUUAGAUACUCUUUGGAUAAAAUUGUUUGACUAAAUAGAAAUGCUUGAAAAUUUAACAGGUGAUUCAUUAUGAAUUUACGUAGUGGUGAUAAAAAAAUUUGUGUUAUUUAGUUUCUUUUUUAUAAAAGUUAUAAAAUCAAAGUUUGAUGAAAUCGUUAAUAUUAUAUCCUUUCAAAAUAUGUAUAACCAAACUUCGCUUCGAAUUUUUUUUCGAUAGCAAUGGUUUAUCGUCUUUGUACAACAAUUUUGCAACCAUAAAUUUUGCAUAAAUCAAACCAUGACAGGUUAUUUAGGUCAUUUUUUAUUUUCAAAGUAGUUUUAUAGUAAUUAUGGAAAACCGAAAAGAAAAACGAAUAAAUUUACUGUGUAAACGAUAUCAUAACAGAAUUUAAGUGUAUACCAUGUUUUCUUUAUAGUUUUCCCAAUUAUAAUAAUAAAAUCAUUAAUAAAAUCAAAAAAUGAUCUAAUUUAUUCACUCACUUAAUCUAAAUUUCAACGUAAACAGUGUCGUCAUUUUUUAAUUGGAACAAGAUGGACCAUUAUCAUUAGGCAUCGUCCAUUUGCGCCAAAAUAAAAAAAGGUACUCGUUUCCCGACUGCCUAUUUGCGCCAAAUUUACCUGCGUAUAUUACAUCAUUAGGUACAUGAUUACGUACAUUAUAAGAAAGUUAUUAUAGAUCCUGAGUGAAGCCAAGAAGCUUAUGGUUUUACAAUGAUAUUUAUUUCAAAGUAACACUAUCAACUGAACUCCGCUUAGAAUCGUUUUUUCGUUAGCAAUGGUUAAUGGUUGCUUACGGAUAUAUAUUAAACAUCCAUCUAUAUCCUACUUUCCCAAUUUCCUACCUUCAACCCACUUUAAUGAACAAUAUUAUAAAUCACACUCUAAUAUUUUUACAUUUUUAGAAAUUUUAAUUAAAUUCGUUCAAACAGACGUUUAUAUUAAAAUCAAGAGCAGUAAUAAAUAAUAAUCCCAGCUAUUCAAAGAAUUUGCAUAUUAAAAUAUUAAAAUCCGAUUAAACAAAACUUUAAAAGCAAUUAAAAAUCAUAAAAACAAAAAAUUAACGCGAUAUGAAUAUUUAAAAAUAGUGGCAUUUAAUUACAAUAAAGAUUAGGUUAGGUUAGUUUAGUAUUAGUAUUUUGUGUUUAUACAAACUUUAGAUUUUGAGUGGAGCGAAGAAGCUUAUGAGUUUACAAAGAUUUUUAUUUUUAUUUAUUUUUUUUUUCCUGUAGAUAACUUUUCUACCAGAGGACUUGCUUGAUUUUUAUGUAUAACACCUUUUUUAAAAGGAAAUUGGUGUGGGGAGGUACUUUAAGAAAGCCAUUUUUCGAAUUUUCUCUGGAGUUUUCCUAACAAAUGUGAAAAACUGGGAAAAAUUAUGGGAAAAACAUUGUAAAACCUAGGAAAUCGGUACAAAUAUUAUUAAAGAAAAUAUGUAGAGCUUAUUUAAUUAUUUUACUAUAAUAUGACAUAUAUAUUGUUGACAAAGCAUCACUAUCAACUAAACUCCGCUCAGAAUUGUUUUUUCAUUAGCAAUAGUUAAUCGUUGCCAACAGAUAUACAUUAAAUUACCUAUAACAGCUGCUGCACCCACCCCCAUUAUCCUAAGACGUCUUUUUUCAAAAUUACUUUUUAAAAAAAUUUGAAUAAAAAUUUGGGUUCUUGAAUAUUAUUAUUUAUUUGAAAACAAUUUGUAUAUUUAUUGAUAAUUAUCGUAAAAAUGUAUUUGUUAUACAUGUGUAUUAAAAUUUGUGUAAUACCUAUUUAUUUAAGUGCUAAAAAUAAUAAUAAUAAUAAUUGACUAUCAUGUAAACGUUGUUUUAGUAAAAAUCUAUAUUUAUUUAGUAUUAUUCAAGAAAAAAAAAAAUGUUAUAUAAAAUAACUAAUAAAUAAGUAAAAUUAAAAUAUUACGUGCAAUAUACUUAAUCGUGUAAUAUACACAGGUAAAUUUGACACAAAUGGGCGGUCGAAAAAAGUACCUUUUUUUUUUUUGACGCAAAUGGUUAAUUAAUUCCCUUAACAUUAAACAUAUUAUACAUAGUAAUUAAAAUACCUAGUUUAUAGUUUAUAUCUAAUAUUUUGUAUAUCUAAUAUCAAUUAUAAUAUUAUAUAAUUUACUUAGGUACCUAGCUAUUAUUUAUUCCAAAUUGUUUUCCUUUUAAGGUACAUAUCUAUUAUGCAUUAAUUUCUGUUUAAUAGUAAGAAAAAACAAUUACAAAUUGUAAUUAAAUAAAUUGAUAUUUAUACUUCAUAUGUGACACACAACAAUAUGAUUAUUAAAUUAUAUUUAAACUGAAUAUCAAAUACUCAAAUACAAACCAAUUUAAUAAGUUUUGUACACGUAAUUGCUAGAUAACUACACAUUUAAAUCAUCCUAACAAAUUUCAAAAUGAUAUUGAUUGAACAAAUUUACUUUAUGUCUGUUAAAAUGUUUUUCACUUUAAAAUUUAGCCUUCUUAAUGUAACAAUUUUAAAACAACCCGUUCAUCUCUGGCUACUUUGUAUGUAGUUUUAAAUAGUAAAUAAUAAUUUAAUUAACAAUGUAUUUAUUUAUGCUUUUUUUUAAAAAAAAAAAAAAAAAAAAACCCUUAAUGUAAUGAUAAAGGGGCGGCAAAUCCCUUCUACUUGUAACCGGUAAAUUGCUUUGUUUUAAUUUAUCACUGCUAAGCGUAACGAAUAAUGUAUUAUGUUUUACCGAGGAUUGUACUCUGAUUAUGUAUGCAUCGAAUUUUCGUCGAAAUUAGAAGCUAUUGCCCAUUUAUUAUGUUCUUUAAAUUAUAUAUAAUUUUAUAACACAAUAAUAUAAUGUAUUUUUUACCACCUAUAUUUGGUUACUUCUAGUGACUUUAUCUGGACUAAACAAUCUCAAACUCGAGAAUUAGAGUUGUUUUUUAGGUAGAUUAAAGUAAUAAAAGUUAUGUUAAAUUUUAUCUUGUUAAGGGAAGAUGUUCGUUUUAUUAGCUUUAAACAUCCAUAUGCCCUCAAUCGAUACCAGAAUGAUGAAAUUCCGUAAAUACAUAAUACAAAAUGAAUAUGAGGAAAUUCGACUACUGUUUGAGGAUGUGUUUGUGUCUGUUCAUCAGAAGAGUUGCUCUCUUAAAAAUAUUUAUUACAAACAUAAUUAACUUUUAUCUAAUUUUAUUAGGUAAAAUGAUUUUCAAAAGACAAUUUCGUUUUUAUGUAGUAAAUCGCCUUUUUUAAUGAAUUGUUUUAUAAAUGUUAUCCUUUCGUUAAAGUUAAAAAUAAUAAUACUGCAUAGGAUUAAAUAGAUAUAUAGGUUUGUAGGCUUGUAUAUACCAGAGUAAAUAAAGAAAUAUGUCAACUUCCUUCGUUCGCACUACAUUUGUCAAAUCGUAAUGUUAUAUAAUUUUCUUUAUAUUUUAAUACCUAGUAUAAUAUAGGUCUAUUUUAUUCAAACUAUGCAAUUUAAAUUAAGUAAUUGAAUAAACCGUGCACAUUUAAAAAUGUUAAGGUAUCGAUAUUUAGAAGUAUAAAACAAAAUCGUAGGUAAUCAUGAGUUUAUAAGUUUCGAAUAGGCAUAUGAUAUAAAGAGUGUAUAAAAUAUUAAAAUAUAAAAUAAACAGUAGACUUCCAGAUUUGUACGGUUCAUAGCACAAUGCAUUUCAAGGCUCAAUGUUAUUCGCUUGAUGUUAAUAUUUUCAAUAUUAUACGGUAUUCAAAUGGACUUGACAGUUUAAUAUUAUGGUAUUAUUUCAUAACAAAAUGAACAAAUCCUUCAUUUAAAAUAACGUUCGGCCAAAUUUCUGCACUACAUACGCAAUGUUUCAUAUUAUAUUUUGUUAAUAUUAUAUAUGAUUAAUUUAAAUAAUACUAAUUAGGCUAGUAGGUACAUAUUAUUAAAAUAUAAUAUUGAUAAUAAUUUUUUCAUUACAUAGUGACUCAUACAAUUUAAUAAUUUAAUAAUAACAAUUUAUAAUAUUAUUAUAUUAUAAAAUCUAUAUACGAACGUUAUCUAGUAUGAUAUUAUCCUUGCUUAGGAUUAUCCAUUUUAAUUUGAAUAUUCAUUCUAUGGUUAAGUUAUUUUUUACUUGAAUUUUCAUCAUUUGUAUGCUGCUUAAUAUUUGUACUUAUUUACAAUAAGGUAUAUUUUAAUACAUUUUUCAAAAAAUAAAAAAAAUAACUAUUUCGUUAAACUUAUCUAAUAUAUUUAAAUUCAAAACUCAACAUCUAGUUAUUUACUAGUUGAAUUUACAUUAUUUUUAUGCUGUAUAGUUUUAUUUGAAUGAAUUAUUAAGUAUUAUUAUUCAUUUGUCAAAAAACAAUAUAACAAAUUUUAAUCAAUUUGUUAAAUCUAUCUAAUCUGUUUAAAUUCAUUACGUUAAAUCUACCUCGAUAAAAAGUAUUCUUAAGUAGUAUGUUUUUUGAUUUGGUAUGUGUCACAAUAAGUGUUGUUAUUACUUUUAUUAAUUUUCAUUCCAAUUGUACCUAAGUAGGUAUAUUAUGUAGGUAGGUAUCCCAUAUAAAUCCGUAGCGCAUAUAACACAACCACAACAGUGAAAGUAAAAAUCAUAUUCAUCAAAUGAUAAUAUUGUCACUUAUAUUAAUCAAUUUAAAUCUACGAGAAUAACCUAUGUAUAUACUUAUAUAAAUUUAUAAUUACUUAAUAUUUGGACGUAUUUGUAUAGAACACAAGUACCUGUAUAUUUUUGGUAUAUGUGUAUGGUAGUUGUAUAGGUAGCUAUUACUAAUAAUUAUUACUUAUUAGAGGUAUGUACUUGAAUGUUAGCUAUUAUUAUUUAUUAAAUUUUAAUUUUGUAAAAUACAUAUAAAAAAAAAAAAUGUACCUAUACCUACUUUUCACCACGGACAUGCUAGUGUUGUGAACGCUUGCAGUGAUUAAAAAUCGUCUCAUUGACUAAUAUGAUUAAAACUGUACUUGUAACUGUAGUGGAAAAAGUACUAAAAUGGUUUUUAACCGCUGUGAAUGCCAGAGAGGUGGUUUCUAUAGUACCCAUAUUUAAAAUGUGGUUUUGCGGCUAAGUAAAGGGAAAAUUACAAAUACUUUUUAUUAUUUUAAAUUUUGUUUUUUUGUUGUGAUUCAGUUCAAAAACUUAAAAUUUGGACAGAAACUUUACCUUUUCUAGACGUGGUGAAAUUUUCAUUAUAUCCCGUACUAAGUGGUCAAAAAAAAAAAAAAAAAAAUACAAAUAAAUAAUAAUUAAACCCAAAAUUGCACGUUUAUUUCCUUUAUUACAUUUGAAAAUAUCCUAUACUUACUUAGUCAAUAAAAUAUGAAAAUUAACUGCAUACACAAAAAAUAUAAUAUCAUAAACAUGAAACGAUUAUAACAAGAAUAUUUUUAAAAUAAAAUAAAGGAAGCCAUGACCGCCGUACCUCCUCUGGUUACAACCAUUGAUCAUAGAGACUUUUAUACACUCGUAUGCAAUUAAAUCGACUCCCACAAAAUGAUAUAUUUUUAUAAAAUGGUAAGCCAUUUUGAUGUUCACAUAACAAGUUAAAAAAUACUGAAGACAUUUUUUCGAUAAUGGUGACAUUGUAAAGUAAAAACAUUAGGUUUUCAACGCUAAUUUGUUUUGUGAUAAUUAGUUUAUGCACUUUAAAAAAUAGUGCAUCCAUAAUAUAAUUUACCUAAUAAUUAUUAUAAAAAUCUAAACGUUUGAUAUUUUACCUGUAUAGUUAUUAACAAUUAAAAUAUAAGGUAUUAAUUAUUAUUUAAUUAUGUUAUACAUAUUUGUAUUCAUAUUCAUAUUCAUAUUAUUUAAUUAAACAUAUUUCGACCAUACAGUUGAUGCUCGAAAUGGACCGGAACGUACUGGAACGGCGUUCCGGUCGGUUAAAAUUAGAAUUUUAGAAUUCUGGUUCGUAAAUAUGUUAAGUUUAUAAGUUAAUAUUUUUUAAAUUUUUUUUUUAUAAUAAUAAGCCCUUGGGCUUUAUUAUUUAAACGACCUGAUGGUCUUUAUAAAUAUGUUUAACAGGAUAUAUCUUACAUAGUAGAUGAUAAUAUAUAUACAUUACACAUUGAUGAAGUCACACUUCCAAUGAAGUGGCUCCUGUACUUAAUUUAAACACUUAAACUAAAUCGUAUGGUUUCAGUCGUUUAAGGCGUCUAAUGUCUUUGGAGUUGUCUAACAGUUCGAUGGCCAUUGGGUUGAUAUGGACCUCUAAUCUCCUCUCGUGUUUACGAGCAAACUUUUGGAUUUCUUCUGCUAUUGUAGGCAGCAUCAUAUCGCGGUGAAUGGCAUCGUUUCUUUCAAACCGGUAUAAAAGGUCUUCUAGUUCUUGUCUGCGCUGUACUAACCCGUUGGCGUUCCAUGCUAUGAUCCGCAGUGCGUGGUUCAUUUCUUUAUUUUCUGCGAGGUAUUUUUGGACUUUGUCUGGUUUAUUUCCAGUUUGUCCAUUCUUGCUGUGAUUUUUGUUAGUGUCAGCGUUACGUUGGUUAACGCGACUAGAAUAUCAUUAAGAGUAGUGAAUUCUUCGUUUUCCUUUGGUUGAGGUGUUUUUGGAUGGACUUUUGAAGUACUAGCCAUUUGCGCGUAUGAAACGUUNUGCUUUCUUGUAAGCAGAGCAACCCUUCCAAUUGGCUGUGUGAUCUUCACCACAGUCUGCACACUUUGCUUUUGUCUUUUUAGAUUUUGGACAAUCUUCAGUUCUGUGUCCUUCACUACAUUUUACGCAUACAGACGAUCUAUGACAGUAAUUCUGUGUGUGUCCGAAAGCUUGGCAGUUCUUACACUGCGGUACUUCUUGUUUUUUACGUGGUGGUUCUAUUUUUAUUAUCUGAUGACAUAGUAGUUUUAUGUUGUAUAUGUCUUUAUUAUUUUCCCGCGGUUUUAAAUCUACAAAGAAUAAUGGUAGCCUUAUGUAUGUCCACUCGCUGUUUUUGUUUUUAGGAUCGGAUUUUUUUUUGAUCUGUAUAUUGGUUAUUUUGCUUACUUCGUGGCCUUGGUCAUUAUCAUUGGUCAAAUAGUUCAUUGGUAAUUAUUCCCAUAUCUGAGUCAUGAUUUAUACCUCGUAAUACUACUCGAAAUGGUUUUUCACUUUUUCAUUGGUGCCGAUGGUAUUCAACUUUAUUUUCUUCUAAUAUUUUUAUUGUACUACUAAAUUGACUUUCGUUUUUUGUUAAGAUUAUCGUCUCGUCAUUCGAUAGGACUUUGAAUUGUUGUUCGUUUCCUACCGAUUCUUCACACGAAUAAGUUAAUAUGGAAGCAAUUAAGACAAUUUGCCGUUUGGUAAGAUGUUUCCGACAGUAUCACAAUCGAAGGGAUUAAAAUUAAUAAUAAUAAAUUAAUAAAUAAAUAAAUAUUUUUUUUUUAACAAAUCUAUAAUUGUUUUAAAACGAUAUCGGUAAAAAUAAAGCGUCAUCGCAAAAACGGAAUCUUAUUAUUAUAGGAAGUAUUCGGUUAUGAAGCCCGAUUCUGAGAACUUUGUCUAUCGGCCCCUAUAUUUGAUAAUUUUGAUAGGAAAAUCAUGAAAGACUUAUAUUCAGUUUAUUGAAAAAUACCUACCUCCUUUAUGUAUUAUUAAAACUGGUUUACAAGCAAAAAAAAAAGAAAAGAAAAAGUUUUCUCUAUAUUAUUAACCAUUAUAUUGGCAUCAUAAUGGCAUCUUAAUUUUAUAAGCGCUCCUGUUCGUAAAAUUGUCCAAUUCGAGCACUGCAUACAGUUAAAAAUACAUUUAAAAUAACUGCACGGGUGACAUUGAUGACUUACUAUAAUAAUAUAUGGCCACCUGUUUAAAAUAUUAACUUGUCCAAGAUUAUCCAUUUUUUUUUUUAGUAACGCGCAUCUACGUAUGUGAAAAUAUAUAUAAAUACUAUGCAGUCAUUUUAUAUUUAUAAUAAACUACUUAUAAGUAGUUAUAAACUAAUAAGUACUUAUCUAUUUUAGAUGUAUUUCUUUUUCAUUUUUUCUUUUUUAGAUUAGAAGCUUAGCGAAUUUUGAACUAUUUAUAAACAUUUUAAUUUCGUGAGUUUUUUAUGAAAUUUUUAUUUUAUUAGGUAGGUACUAUGUAAAUAAAUUUGUUAGGCUAAACAAAAGUGCUUGAAAAUUUAACAGGGAGUUUAUUUUAAGCCUUGCUUAGUGGUAAAAUAAAAUUGAUUUCACUAUUGUAUAAUAUAAGAAAAUCGUAAACAUUACGGCCUUUCAAACCGAAGUUCGUUCAGAAUCGUUUUUAAUUAGCAAUGGUGUAUCGUUGCUUACAGAUAUAUAUUGAAUAACUUAAUGUGGCACAUCCGUCCCUAGUAUCAGCACAUAUUUUGUUUUUACUUAGUGGUAGAUUCAGUUUAAUUGUUUUACUCGUGUAUGAAGCUAAACAAAUUUAUUUACCUAUGUUGUAAUUAUACUUUAUUGUUGUAUAGGUUAUAGCUACCCCCUACCUAUAUGGAACUAUUUUUAGCGUGCAAUACACUACCUAUAAUGUAACUGUAGGUCAUUCGCAUAAUAGUGCUUAAGGUUUUUAUGCGUUCAUGAUUUUGAAUUGUCAAAUUUAAUAAUAAUAACUUAUUAAUAACUACAAAUCAAGUACCUAAAAUAAUGUUAUUCAAUCCAUCUCAAUUUAAUUAUAUUCUCAUAAAAAUCAUGCAUAUUAUAUACAAUAAUAUAUAUGAAUGGUAGGUAGGUAGGUAUUAUGAUUUUAAACAUUUUUUUCAUUCAAGGAUAAUUAGACACACAAUAAAACAUCGUCUCACAUGAAUAAACUUAUAAAUUACAUAAAUAAAUAUAUAAAUACUCUCAAUCUUUAUUACAAUAUACCUUUUAGUAUUGUAAAUAUUAUUAUAACGUGGGCAUCUGAUUUUAAUUAUUGCGUAUGUAUACUACAACAGUUUUAUUGUUUUUUUUUUUAAGGCGGAGAGGUUGGCCUAGCUUUAGUGUGUCCAAUGUCGAUGUAUGUCAAAUUAAUUUGACUGUUUACAGGUGUUCUCGGAAAUGCUAUAAUAUAGCAGCAUCUGCAACUGCAUUUUUUUUGCUUAGAUUAUUAUUUCUUAUUUAAAAGUUCCAUAAAAUAAUCAAAGCAAAUAAUUUAAUAAAAAUUUAGAGUUUUUAAGUUGCUGAUAACAUAAAUAACAUAUAUAUAUAUAUAUAUAUAAUGGCGACACUAACCUGUAACUACUGUGAUUACUCUAUAUUAUGUAAUAAAAACCACUCAUUACCACAUAGGUAGGUCAUAGGUACCUAUACUGAAUACUAGUAUAUAUAUUCAAUAUUAAGUAUUAUAAGCGUUCUUAGUGUUGGCCAAUAGCCUGCAAGUAUCCUAUAAUAGGCCACAGUUAUCUGUUUUAUUGAGGUGAUGAUAUCGGUAAUGUUAAAUGUCACCACUAUAUAUAUACUAUAUUGUAUUUUCAUUGUACACUAUAAAGAGACCAGAUAUCUAGAUACACUGGUAAUUUUAAAGCAUGCCCACCUAGUUAUGUAUAUAUUCAAAUUCUGAUUUUUGUAUUUUUCAAUUGUAAUUGAAGAAGAUAUUUUCAAAUAUUUAAAAUUAAAAUUAAAUAUUGUAAAUUAAAUCUUGAACUUAACAAUACCGUGUAAGUAAGUAUUCAAUAAUUAUUCAACAAUAAGUAUUCAAGUACCUAUUCACAUAUUUUUAGUGUACAAUUUUUCUGAGAAGAAGAGGAUGAGAGGGAUUUCUUUGGAUAUUGCAACCAGACUGUAGUCCUAAACUCUUAUGGGUCUAUGAACUUAACUUACAAUGUUAAUUUAAAAAUGUCUCCUAAUACUUGAAAAUGUCUCUCAUUUAAAUAGUCAGGUACUUAUACUACAUGAUCAUAAAUAGUAUGAUCAAGUGUAUACAGCUUAUUACUUCUGCUGGCUCUACUAUUAUCAUCAUUUUCUUUUUUUUUGUUAACUGUUUGGAAAAUUUUAAUAACAUUUAUACUGUUAAAGUUUAACCACGACUAUAGUAAAUUGUUAUUAUAACACAAAUUAUAUCUUAAUAAACUGUCUCGUUGAAUAGGUUGUUAUAGAAAAUUGUCUUUUUUUUUUUUGAGUUGGUCAAUAAUUGUGUAUUACACAUAGGUAGGUACGUAGAGACCUACCGCUGAUAAAACACGCUAUUAUAAAGUAUAUGAUAUAAUGAAAUAAUAUAACGAGUAAUAAAAUUACAAAAUAACGUUCCAAAAAAUAAAAUAUAUGUAUACACUGUAUAUAGUUUAGGUUAAUGUACACAUAAUAUAUACCUACCUCUAAUAUCACUGAAUUCGUCGUUUAUGGUUGUACUGAAGUGAUCGGUUUCGCUACAGUUUAAUCGUGUAUUUUUUCAUUCGUAUAAAUCGUUUGUGUAUAUAGGUACCUACCUUAUACAGUGUGUGUUAAGCUACACAAUACAAAUAAUAUUAUGCAUUAUAGGACAUAGGUAUAGAUGUAUUGUGUACAAAAGUAACAUAAUACUAUUAUUGUAAUAAUAAUGUAUGUAUAAUUUGUAUAUUUUAUUAUUUAUGGUAACUUGCAAUAUGUUCUGAAUUAAUUGAUCAAAUCGAUUUACAGGGUGAGCCACUACAACUAUAUAGGUAUAAAUACCAUUAUAUUUCUCGUUGUCUGUGGAAUUACUGAUAUUGCAGUGUUACGUACUUGUAUAUAUUGAAUAUUAUGGAUAUUUAAAAUAGCCAUACAGAAUAUAUUAAUGCUAUCUGUAUAGUUACUUUUUUUGACACGUUAAAAAUCGUCAAUUAUAGAUUUAUAGAACGACGAAAAGGUUAAUGCCUAUGGGGUAAAGCGGUUCGACACGGUUCAUUAGGUUUUAAUUGAAAAUUGGCAUCUAUGAUAUUUUACGGUGUACCUACAAUAUUAUAAUAAUGUCAACGGCACUCAGACAAUGUAAUAGGUAUUAUGAGUCAUGCACAUAGACAAAUUGUAUAGAUAAAAGUCGAAUAAAACUAAACAGCCUAUAAAGAGUAUAAAAUAUCUACACUCAGUACCCAAUACCCAAAUUAUAUAUUAUUAUAUAUACCUAUUUUAUUAUGUUGUGUUUUAAAACUUGUAAGUAACGAACAUGUUACACCCAUAGUGACCUAUUAUAAACUACUUAAUUAACAUCAAAAAUAUAUAUCUUAAUAGCCUACUCAUAAAUAAAUUUCAUAAACACUUAGAUAUGAAUUUAAUAAUUUUAUAUUAAUAUUUAUUUAUAUUUUGUUUGAUAUUUUAGUGCUUCCAAGCGGUUUUUUUCGUUUAUGCCUUAGUCGUGGACGUUUUUCCAAUGAUUUUCCCGACUAAGUCGUCGAUCUUUGAAACCCUGUGUCAAGUGAAAUACUUUUUCUUUGCCAGCAUUGCUUUUCCAUUAAGUAUGGUAAGUAAAAUUAUUUUAAAAUAAUAUAUUUUAAUUGUUUAUUCUUCUGGGACAAUUUUACUAGGUACCUAUUAGUUAAAUAUAUUUAAAAAAAACAACCAUAGAUAAUAUCUGUUAGAAGCUAAUUUUGAAGUAAAAGAAAUAAUUCAAUUUUAUUUAUAAUGCUGUGCGUAAUUCUAAAAAUAGUAAAAAAAAAAACAAUGAAUUAAAUAAUGUACUUAUAAACCUCCCCUUUCGAAAUGUUAUAUCUAUAUAACCUUCGUGUUAUAUUAUGUUGUAAAAAAAUAAUUACUUUUGUUUAAAUAAUUAGAACCACAUAUUUUUAGCUUACAACCCUUUCUCCGGGAAUUAUUUUUUUUAAUAGUAUUACUAUGAAUCUAUAUAUACCUUGCUAAUAUAUUGAUCACUAUAAUAAUUAAGUUUUUAAUUACCUCAAUUUUUUUAAUAUAACAACAAUUAUAAACAUUAAUAAUCUUAAUUUUUUAAACUUCAAUUUAAUUAAUUAUGGAAAUUCAUAAUUUGGAGUGGCAUCUGUGAUAGUUGUUAUAUAUGUAUAUAUAUUGAUAAAUAUCAAUACACCUUGUUUGGUAUACCUAAACUACUACCUUAGGUAGUUAUUCAUCAUGAUAAUAGAAUUCCGCUAAUUUAUUAUUUAUUUACUAUCACAAUUUACAAUGAUUUAUACCCUAUGAUUUGAAGUUGGUCUGUUAGUACCAACAAUUAUAGCCGAUCAUUUGUGAAUAUUUUUGUGGACAGCUGACUUGCGGUUAUCUAAUGUGUGAGAAUCGUUUAUCCGGAUUAAUAAAAUAAAUAAAAUAAAAUUGCAAUUAGUGUUCAAUUACUUAUUAUACAUGUAAAGUUUAAUAUUAUAUUAUAAUACUUUUAACAAUCUUUUAAAAUACACAUACGAAUAAUAGGUACAUUAAUAAAAGUUUUUGAUUCGUAAUACAAAUAAGGUCUGUCUCCCGCCCCUGAAUUUUCAUCUCAGGGCGCCCUUGCUUCUGCGCAUCAUCAUGUUGCCUACCGCGUACCAUUUGAGAACCGCUGGUAUAAGCGAUUUGUGAUAAUGGCCUAAUCCCUGGUGCAAUUAUUGAAAGAAGUUUUUAUGAUCGAUUACAAUUUAUUUUGAACACUAUUUAAAUUAAUAAUGUAUCUGAAAUAAACAAUACUAAUUUCUUACCUGAUGAAUAAUAUAGUAGCUAUAGUUAAAAAGAAAAUUAAUACUUAACAUAGAUUUUUACUUUUCAAUGCAAAUUUUAUCAAAUACCUGUAAUUGUAUUAAUUUAUACUGUUUAUUAGAAUCAUGUUAUUAUUAUAUAUAUAAAAAACAAGUUUUUUUAAUGGAUAUUUACAAGUCCUUGAAAUAUAACCAUGGACUAAUAAUAUUCUAACCUCUAAGUAAAAAUAUACUUACUAUUUGCUAGUGUAUGCACGUCUAUACAUGGGUAAUAAUGUUUUAUUGAUUAUUUCGAAUAGUUUAUUAUAUAUAAGGAGAAAUAAGAAUAUUUGGAUCAGUUAUUCUCUUGUAGAAUGUUUUUAAACUAUUAAACUCGUUUAUAGAAACAAUAUAUACUUAGAAAUGACCAAUAAUUUGAUUCUUGUAAAUUAUUUAUUAAUAAUUGAUUAUAUUAAUAUUAAUGUUAGAAUUUUUAAAUUACAUUUAUUCGUCUCUAACAAUAAGUUAUUCGACCGAAAAUAAAAUAGCAUUUUAUGCACAUUUGUCAUAAACCUAUAUAAUAUAUUAUUAUAUAUUUUAUGGUUUUACCAGUUAGACAAUUGUUGGGGUGAAAAAUAGUAAUUCAACAUUUCCUGGAUUGUGACUCUCUGGUAGAAUUUAGGUAGGGCAAAGAGAUCUAUUAUUACAUAUUUUAUAAAGAAUAAUAUUUAUUAUUUUAUUAUUUUAAUUUCUUAAUAUGUUGAGAAAUAGAAUUAAGAAUUAAAAUAAAAUAAAAUAUUUGAAAAAAAAAUUAUUCAUUGUAAAUACUCUUCUUUACAAAAUGUAUAAUCAGUCCUUCAACCCUAAACUUAACCAGAGAAUCGCAAUUUUGAAAAUGCGGAAUGCCUUUGUUGCUAUAUACGUGCAAGACAGACGGAGAAAACAAAUGUUUUUGAUCAUGCUCCGUAAAAUAAAUAAAUACAAUCUAGUAGAAAAUUGUACAUGGUAACCUAAAGGUUUUUACAGGCACCGGUUUUAGUAGGUCGGUACACUUAUUUUACUACAAAAAAUGCAUAAAAUUAAUGAUAUAUUAUUAAUCUAAAUUGGAACACUAUAAAUAAUUUUGGAAUUUUGAAAAACUAUAUUUAAGUAAAAAUGAUACGUUUUAAUCAGUUUGAAAUAUAUUAAAUACAAAUAUACAAUAGUUCAUAAAACAAGUAUUAAAAACUUCCCUCUAUUUAGAUAGUUGUAUGGAACUUGUUGAACUGGUAUAUGUUUAUUAUCUUAAAUAAUAACUUAAAAAACACAAAAUACCUACCUACCAUUGAAAUUAUAAUAUAGUUUAUCAAUGAAAUAAUUAUUACAAAUAUUGUAUAAAAUAAAAUAUUGGUUUUGGUAAAAAAAUUUUUUGCAACUGCAUGUUGUGGCUUCUGUUUCAAUAAUUGUCACAAUUUUUUUGGCAAAUACCUUUUCGUGUUACAACAUAGGUACUAGAUACGUCGUAGUCAUUAUGUUUGACAUUUAGUUCUUCAAUAAUUAGAAAAAAAAAAAUGUAACCGAAAUUUAGUAACGCAGUUUUCAUAGUUAUAAUACUUUUGAAACCUUAGUUUAAGCAUUGAUUAUAGAAUAAUGGUUUAAUUAUUUGGAAAACAAAUUUGUACAUAUAGAAUACAGCGUAUAAGUAUAAACCUAAUAUAUAUAUAUAUUAUAUUAUGUCCGUUUCGUUUAAAAAUAAACCAGGGAACAGCACUAAUAGUAUUUUGCUGUUUUGCCAACGUUGUUGUUUAGUAUGUGUGUAAACAAUUAUUCUAACACGUUACGAGACGUUAUAUUUGAAUAUUGCACUUUAAAUAUUCUUUUAGGUUAGUGUUGUCAACAUUUUUUAUUCAUCGUAUAGGUUUUCAAAAAUCUUACGUCCCCUCACCGUUCAAUUUAAAAUUUGAUAACCUUUUAUUAAUAACAGAGAUAAAUUAUAUUAUGUAAAUUACAAAAUUAUGAUAAAUUCAAUAAAAUAAUUACUUUUUUUGGAAUUAUUAAUAAAAAAACACUUCAAUUUCUAUUAAAUUAGGUAUAUAAUAUUAUAAUUAAGAAAUAAUUGGAAUUGUUUAUUUCUCACUAAGUUAACAUGGGAAUCUUUUUGAUAUUACGCAACGCAUGCCAUUUUCCACAUUCAACAGAUUACUUUGUUUGCUUUUUAUUUACCUAAAUGUUGAAAUGCCUGAUUCACAAAGAUAUGUCGUAUACAAUACAAAUGAAAUUAAUAAUAACGGCCUAAAAUAAAUACAAUUUAUUAUUAAUUAUUAUUUUUUAUUUUAGAGUUUAUAAAUCUGCGUAUACCUCUUACUUGCUUAAAUAUUAAAAUAUUAAGAUAAAAACCGACGUAGUUGCACAGAUAAUGUUCUUUCCUUUAAAUUUAAAAUAGGUAAAUUUACCCUAAUAUUAUAAUUAACAACAUAAAGUUGUCUUUGAUAAACACAAAUUUUGUUAUGUCGUAUAUUUGUAAGGCGAAGAAAGUACAUGCGAGCAUGGCGUUCUCAUAUAUAAUUAAACAUUGGUGCUUAACGAUCAGGUAUUCAGGUAGCAAAUCUUCGAUUAAUAGAGUUAUAGUUAAUUUAUUGUUUUUUUUUUUUUUUUUGUUAUUAAAUAUUUAUGAUUUUAGUUUGUAUCCACGUCAUUUUGGAGUUUAUGGUUUAUCGAUCGCAACUUAGUGAUGCCUAAAGAUAUUGACUUGUACUUCCCACAAUGGCUAAAUCAAACAAUGCAUACGUUCGUGUUCGUAUUUGCCUGUUUGGAAAUGGUUACAGCUUACCGACCAUAUCCAGCUCGUCUUUACGGGAUGGUCACGCAUAUUUCGUUUCAACUGUCUUAUUUAAUAUGGUAAGUACGAUGCACAUCAUUAUGCCUAGCGCAAAAUAUAUUAAAAAUAAUUUUAAAAAAUGCGUACUUAUUGGUAUAAAUAGGACAUAUUAUUAUAAUAUAAUUAUAACUAUACAUAGUUAUAAUUCAUAAAGUGUUUCCUGUUCUAUAUAUGCCACUAAAAAUCUUAACCUGAUCUUGUUCCCAAAAUCAGCUGGUGGUUUAAGACGAUUGAAAACGUUGAAAUAGAUAUUAAAUUUUUCAUUUUUUCGAACCAUCAGCUGAUUCUUAUUUCUGGUCAUACGCUUUUAUGUCGUGUAGCCAUGCAGGUACUGUGAAAGGUCAAAGGUAAUGAGGAUAAGUUGGAUACAAUUCAUUAUAUGUAUAAUUAUAUCUAUAGCUUAUGAUCUUAGAUAUACUAAGUAUAUUAUAACAAUAUUAUAAUUACUUGUUCGUUUGUUUUCAUGUUACCCAAAAGCUAGAGUUCAAUCUAAUUUUAUUUUUGACUAAAAAAUUACCUAAGAUAUACAGUCAUCUAAAAUUAAUUAAAAAGUAUGAUUAUUUUUCUCGAUUUUUAAAAAAUUUAAAAUGCAUGGCAUUUAAAGUAAAAAAAUUUAAUUAUUGGUUUAUAGGGAAAAAAAUUAAAAAUAAAGAUAAUGAUAAAAUUAUGCAUAAAUAAUAAAAUUAAAUAUUUAUUAUUUUAAUAACUCGAGAAAAAAUUAUAUAUUUAAUCAACUUUAGACAGCUAUAUCUCGAGUAAUUUUUGAGAAUAAAAAUAUGUAACAAUUUGUUUAAUCAUUCAAGUUGUUUUUUCCAAUAGGUUUUUUUACUGUUUUAAUAUUGUUUUUUUCUAGAUUCUCUAAGAACACAAUAUUAUGAUGCACAAUGAACUACAUUGUUUAUUUUUUGUAUUUCAAUAUUUGUAUUACCUACCUACAAUUAUAUUAUGACUAAAUUAAUAUUUUUAUGUAGUUGUAUUUUAUACUUUAAUACAAUAAUAAAAUUGAUUUGCACGUCAUUGUUACAGGAUCCACAUUGUAUAUAGCCAGUGUCAUAUAUGGGUAUAUCCGAUACUCACACAGCUGAACUUGCCACUGAGAUGUCUAUUUUUCCUAGGUACAUUUGUAUACACUUCCGUACUGUACGUGAUUGGUGAAUAUUUCAACAAAUUAGUCUGGGGCUAUCAACCCCAAAAGGUACAGAGCCAGUAUGAUCCUUAGGAACAAAGUUGUUUUUUUCUCAUAAGAUUAUUAUUAUUAUAAUCAUAAUUGUGUUUUUUUUAAUAUUGGACAAUCAAUGAAUUAAAAAUCGUUAGAUUCAAUGAUGAGACUGUAUAACGACUACGGAUCUUAUUGUUUAGACAAAAUAAAUUGUAUAAGAUUAUAUUGUUAUUAUUAUUUUAUAUCAUGAAUAUAAUAUUAUUUUGUACUACCUACUUUAAUAAUAAAAUUAUUAUUAUCUUUUUAGUAUUAAUAUUUUUAUUUUGCGUACUCUUGUACGGUAUGUGUGUGUGUGUGUGUGUGUGUGUGUGUGUGUGUGUGUGUGUGUGUCUGUGUGUUAUACUUAUAUAUUAUUAAAUAUAAAAUAAUAAAAUUAUUGUAAUUCAAAUGGACAUAAUGAUUUGUCUGUUUCAUUCUCUCUUUCCUUUUUAUGCAAAUUCUUUAUCAAUUUAAUUCGUAUAUACAUCAUAAUAUAACCAUCAUUGUUAGUCCAAAUUUUAUUACUAUACACAUUUGACCGACAACAAAAACACUUUAACCAUAAUAGGUACUUUUUUUUUUAUUUAAUAUUUUAAUGAAUGCGGAUGUUACAUCUGUUCACAGAUUCAAGACAAAAUACAAUAAUAUGAUUUAACUGCAUCAUACUUGUCGAUCAAAAACGCAUAUUAAUAUUGGGGUUAUCUAUUACUUACCAUCAUAAUUAUAUGAUUGUGCAUAAACUUCAACGCUUUAUAUUUGCUCAUGCAUAUAUUUAUCGAUUUGACUUAUUUAUGAUCUCCCCACAAUAUUAUUUAUGUUUAACAACUUGUAUUAUUACUUACUUAUGGAUAUUAUUGUUAUUACAAUGGAAUUUAGACUUGUAUAAAGUAUAUAGUAUAUAUAACUAUAAUAAUUAAAUGCUGUGUACAUAUUAUAAUAUAACUGCAUAGAUUUAAGGU